UUCCAAAAGCAAUUUCUAUAAGAAAUGAAUUGCAAUUUUCAUGACAGUGCAUGAUUGCAAAAGGGGUUACGAGUCAUCAAACAAGAGCCAUGCUUGAGCAUCAUCACCGAUCGCCCAUGUUCUCCAUCUUCCCAUGGAUCUUAUUCUCUUGCCUUAUCCCUCCUUCGCUGAGCUAUGCUUGCAACCAACAUGAUCGGAACUCUCUCUUGUCCAUCUCUCCCAGCUUCUCUCCUCCUCUGAAUUGGCCAUCCAAUGCCAAUUGCUCUCUCUGGGAAGGGAUUGCAUGCGAUCAUAAUGGUUGGGUCGCCCAUAUUUGGCUACCCUCUAGAGGCCUCAGCGGUGGCAUCCCUCCGUCUUUAAGAAACCUUACACAACUCUCUCACCUCAAUCUUUCCCACAAUUCCUUUGCUGGACCACUUCCAGAUGAUUUCUUUUCAUCUUUAAAUCACCUGAAGAUCCUUGAUCUCAGCUUCAACAGACUGCAUGGAGAAUUACCGUCACUUGUUACAUCAAAUGGUUCACCCAUCUCCCUCCAAAUAUUGGAUUUGUCCAGCAAUUACUUUCAAGGGUCAUUAUUCCAAUCUCCAUUUCUUCAGGCAGCAUGGAAUUUGUCAAGUCUUAAUGUUAGCAACAAUGACUUCGUUGGCCUUAUCCCUUCCUCCAUUUGUAGCAAUUCCAGCCUUGUUAAACUCUUGGAUUUCUCUUUCAAUGAUUUCAGUGGCCAAAUCACUCAUGAACUAGGGAAAUGCUCCAAGCUCGAGGUUUUUCGUGCAGGUUUCAACUCGUUAUUUGGAUCGCUUCCAGCUGGCAUUUAUCGCAUGUCAGAAUUGCGAGAAAUUAGUUUACCUUCCAAUCAUCUCUCGGGACCGAUUGGCAGCGAUAUCGUUCAGCUCAUCAACCUCACCGUCAUUGAGCUCAACAACAAUGAACUGAAUGGCAUGCUCCCUCAAAAUAUCGGGAAGCUUUCUAACUUGGAACACCUGCUCCUCAAAAUGAACAAUUUAAGUGGUACAAUACCUCCUUCCUUGUUGACUUGCACCAAUUUGAAAACAUUGAGUUUGUCACUCAACAGAUUAGGAGGUGAUAUCUCCACUUUUAAUUUCUCCAAGCUUCCCAAACUUGUCAUUGUUGACCUUGGCGGUAAUGUCUUCACAGGUCAAUUGCCAGUAAGCCUUUACACAUGCAAGUCCCUGAAAGCAAUUAGACUGGCCAGUAACAUGCUAGAAGGACAGAUCACAUCUGACAUUCUUGCUUUGCAAUCUCUUUCAUUCCUUUCACUUAGUGGACUUAAGUUAACCAACAUCUCAGGGGCAAUCAAAAUUCUAAUGGGUCUGCACAACCUUAGGGUCCUUUCGCUUGCAGAAUGCUUUGUGAAUGAGAUAAUUCUAGAUGAUAACAGCUUAGUUGAUUCAGUUGGAUUUCAAAAUCUUCAAUAUUUGAGUAUAGGCUUGAGCCAACUCGUUGGACCAGUGCCAUCGUGGUUGUCAGAGCUUAGAAAGCUAGAGAUUCUCAUACUAAAAUGGAACCAACUUAGAGGUCCAAUUCCUAGUUUCUUAGGGACUUUGCCAAGACUAUUCUACAUUGACUUGUCAAAUAAUUUCAUUUCCGGAGAAUUUCCACCGGAACUUACUAGACUACCUGCAUUAAAAAUCAAGCAGGUUUCUGAACAAGUUGAUCAAAUUUAUCUCCAUGUGCCUCUGUAUUUUGGCAUCAAAUCACCUCUACAAAGUGGUAUUAGACAAUACAAUAAAAUCUCAAACAUGGGAAAAGUAAUUGAUGUGAGUAACAACAGCUUGAGUGGCAAUAUCCCCAUUGAGAUUGGUCAAUUGGAGUUUCUUCAAUACUUGAAUCUCUCUCAAAACAACUUCUCUGGCAACAUUCCAAAUCAACUGUCCAACCUUUAUAACUUAGAAAAGCUAGACCUCUCCAAAAACAAUUUUUUUGGUGAGAUCCCACAGUCAUUAGAAGGUCUCACUUUUUUAUCAAAGUUUAAUGUCUCAUACAACAAUCUUCAAGGAGCAAUACCAUUGGGCACUCAACUUCAAAGCUUUAAUGCUUCUGCAUAUGAGGGGAAUCCUAAACUUUGUGGCUCCCCAUUACCAUACCAAUGCCAAGCUGUCAGUGUUGAUGAAGAUGGGAGCAUUCAGGAUCAGGAAGAUGGGCAUGAAAUUCCAUGGUUUUAUGUGAGUAUGGUGCUCGGAUACAUCACAGGGUUUUGGGCAAUUUGCGGCAGUUUAUUCUUGAAACCUUCUUGGAGGUAUGCCUAUUUCCAAUUUUUGACAAAUACAAAAGACCGAUUUUGUGCGACACUAGCUGUUUGCAAGGCUAGAGUUUGGAGCAUGAUUCAAACUUAAGUGUUUGUUCUUGAAUCCUUCUUGGAGGUAUGCCUGCUUCCACUUUUUGACAGAUACAAAAAACCGAUUUUGUGUGACACUAGCUGCUUGCAAGGCUAGAGUUUGGAGCAGGAUUCAAACUAAAGCGGUAAUAUUCCUCUUUUUUUUUUUUUUUGCUUCCCUUUCUUCCUAUUUUUUAUUUUCCUAAGAUUCUAUGAACGCUUUAUACACACACAAACACACAUGCGCACGUAGACAUGCACAUUCUUAUGAUUUAUCCAUGGCAUCAAUACAACUAAAAAGAAUCACCCUCGGGUUGUUUCGAGAGACAAUUUUAUUUCAUAUAUAACAGAAUAAAUAGUUUGUAUGUUGGUUCUUUAUCAAAUUCUUCAUGAACCACCCCCACCCCCAGGCCUCCUUUUCUAUUUUGUGUGAGAGCAUGGUUCAAGCAUGCAUUUCAAUUAGAGUUAUAUGAAUUUGAAAAGAAUUUAGAAGCACUUAACAUGACAAAGUCAAGAAUUAAAUUGAAAACUCCCAAACAGAAUACUAGUCUGGUACGUGAUGAAACAAACAAGGCAUACCCAGCUAUAAAGGUGCUUGUAACUUUGGGUGAGUGUUUAGUCCUUACUAUUUUAUUUUAGUAUUGUUGCUUACCCAUUUCAUUGCUUUUUAGUUUGAGAAAAAUUCUCAAAAAAAAAAUCCAUCAUAAAUUAAUUUCAAAAAUAGUUUUGAGAGGGUUUUUAAUCCUUAUGUUUGGUUUGAGAUGUGCCAUUUCAUAAGAAUAAAAUAGUGCUAUUCCUUCAUUCUUUGGCUAUGUGCAAAGGGUAAGCUGGCCACAUCGAACAAUAUUUAUGUGGAAGAUAUAAAUAAAUCCUGUUGUUUUUGCAGCCCUGAUGAGGAGACAGUAGAACACCUAUUUUUUAAAUGUAUAAUUACCGCGGAAAUAUGGAAACACUUGAGGAGUUGGUUGGGCAUGAAAAGGUCCCCAAAAACUCUAAAGGCUCUGCUCUUAAAUGCUUACAUAAGGAAGCAAGGGGUACGGGUGUUCAGACAGCGGCCAAAAAAGUUUGUUUGGCUGCUACAGUUUAUUACUUGUGACAUUUUAGAAAUAAGAAGUUUGAAGGUAAGAUUACUCCCAUUGAGGCUAUAAUAAGAGUGAUUAAAAAUCACACAUACAGAACAGUGUUUGACAAAUUCCCCAUGUUUGUCAAAAUGUGGGAACCUAGUGGUUUGGAAUGAUGCCUGAGAGUAUGUAGAGUCUCCUGGGCAGAGUUGAAUGCAUUUUAGUUGGUUGGAGCAGUUGUGUCUUUCAGCUGCUGUAAUGUUGUUGACAAUGAUGUUUGAGGGAGGUUACAGCUGAUAGAUUUUAUGAAUUACAGAUGCUGUUCUGAUAUGUGGAGGCAGUAGUUGCUGUAGUUUGGUUGUUCUCCUUUAUAUGGAUUGUGGGUGGUAUUGGACUCUGAUUCUGUUUCUGAGGGUGGUGUGUGGGUUUUGAUGGAGAGUACAUUCAAUCUUUAACCUCAGUGGUCUUUUGGAAAUGUGGAGUGCUACAUUUUACUGUGUUGUUUCAAAGUGCAGGAGUAAAUUGUAUUUAUUCCUGCGUCUCUGUUUCUGAGUUUCCAUUUCUGCAGUGUUGAUGCUCUGAUUUUCAAUAUGGGUUUUUCCUGAAAUGCUGUGAUUUAAAGGGGUUAUUGCUCUGAUGAUACUGAAUAUGCAGUUGCUUCUGAUAACUGCUACAACUGUUUAUGGUGUAGUUGAUUCUAGUGGACUGCGGGUUGCAGGUUAUCUGUUCCUAUGCUUGCAGCUCUGUUGUGCUAUUUCCUGUGAUGCUGAAGUUCUCAGUUGCUGUUUCGAAGUUUCAGUGAUGCUUUUCUGAAAUUUCUGAAGUUGUGAUGAAAAGAAGAAAGUAAAAAAAUAACAGUAAAGAAGACUGAAAAUAGAAAAUGAAUUCUACUGCUCUUUGUUCUUUUCCCUGUAAACGGAGAACAGUGUUAUAUAUAUACAUAGGAGAGAGAGUGAAAUAUUCUCUAUAACAAACUUAACAAAAAUAAUAAUAAAAAGAAAAAUAUAAAAUCAGAACAGCCAAAAUCCGUUGAGCUGAAAAUUAUUCUUCAGCGCAAGGUGGUUGAGUAGUGUUGACACGCCCCUGCGAGCCAAACGUGUGAGGAAGAACAGUGAGGCUCGAACGGAGAGAUGCAAAACGAGAAGCAGAUAAAGGCUUUGUGAAGAUAUUAGCGAGUUGAUCCUUGCUUGAAAGAAAAGAGACCUGAAGAGCUCCUGCCUGAAUGCGAUCACAGACAAAUGGUAGUCAACAUCAACAUGUUUAGUUUGAGAGUGCAUAACUGGAUUCAUAGACAAGUAGGUUGCUUUCAAGUUAUUACAAAAGAGAGUUGGAGAUGUGGAUAGAAAAACACCCAAUUCAGAUAGAAGGGAUUGUAACCACAGUAGUUCACAAGUGGCAUGGGCUAGAGCUUUGUACUCGGCCGCUGUGCUGGAUCUGGCAAUAGUGGGUUGCUUCUUUGAGCUCCAUGAAACUAAGUUGCCACCAAAGAAGACGCAGUAACCUCCAGUUGAUUUUCUGUCAUCGGGACACCCUGCCCAGUCUGCAUCUGUGUAGGCAACCAGGGAUAAGUUAUGUGAGGGUUGCAGCAAUAAACCAUAAUGCAGAGUGUGUUUUAGAU